AUGUGUCUCUCAACGUUACGCAGCAUUUACUCUCAGUCACUCCCCCCACCCGCAGCAUUUACUGAGAAAAAUGUCCCUUCUCGGAGUGGCCGGGUCUUCAUCGUGACCGGCGGCAAUGCGGGCAUUGGGUUCGAACUAUGCAAGCUACUCUAUGCCACAGGAGCGACGGUAUACAUGGCAUCGAGAUCAAAGGAUCGAGCAGAAGCUGCCAUCAAAUCGAUCACCGAGUCGUCGCCGCAGCCCGAAACACCAAGCACUCUCAAAUUUCUCCACCUGGACCUCAACGAUCUAGACUCCGUCAAGGAAGCUGCAGCAACCUUUGCGCAGCAGGAGUCAAAGCUCGAUAUCCUUUGGAACAACGCAGGCACUGGCGCCAACCUCGUGCAGGUCGGGGCUAAAACAGCACAAGGCUUCGAAGCUAUGGUUGGUAUGCACUGCAUCGCGACUCUAUUGUUCACCGAACUCCUUCUUCCCCAGCUUCGCGCUGCAGUGGCUGCCGCCCUAGAGUACCCAGGCUCCGUUCGCGUGGUGUGGACAUCUAGCUUCAUAGCCGAGGGUGGGACACCGAAGUACGGUAUUGACUUUAAACGUCUGGAUCAAGGUACAACUGGUCGUGUUCGCAACUAUGCCGUUUCCAAAGCUGGGACUUGGAUGUUAGGUCGGGAAAUGGCUCAGCGAUACGGCAAGGAUGGCAUUAUUAGCGUCAUUCAAAACCCGGGUUUCCUGAAGAGUGGUGCGUACGGUGGCACUCCGGCUAUCAAUAUGCUGCUCAUGAAUGGCCUGCUUCGUGACCCAAAAUUUGGCGCGUACACUGAGCUAUACGCUGCGUUCUCGCGCGACAUUACUCUGGAGAACAACGGUGCUUAUAUCAUCCCUUGGGGAAGGAUUCGUUCCGACAACGAUUGUCCGCGGAAGGAUAUUAUCAAGGCCAUGACGCCAGUCGAACAAGGUGGAUUAGGCUAUCAUACAAAGUUCUGGGAAUGGUGUGAGCAGAAGUAUAAGCUGUUUGCACAUUCCGCUAGUUGA